AUGGAUGUCUACAACCUGACCACGGUCACAGAGUUCAUCCUUAUAGGGCUCUCUGACCUCCCCGAGGUGCGCUAUCCUCUCUUUGUGGUUUUUGCUGUCAUCUACCAGGUCACCUUGCUUGGAAACGGAGCCAUUCUUCUUGCCAUCGCAACUGAGAAAAAACUUGGCACACCCAUGUAUUACUUUUUGGCAAAUCUGUCCCUCUUAGACAUUUUCUGCCCAUCAACGACUGUUCCCAAGAUGCUCAAGAAUCUCUUGUCUGAGAAGCAAAGCAUUUCUUUUGUUGGGUGUGUUUUGCAGCUGUUUUUUCUAGUGGCCCUAGUAGGAACUGAAGUGUUCCUUCUCUCUGUCAUGGCUUAUGAUAGAUAUGUGGCCAUAUGUUUCCCCCUUCGUUAUACCCUCAUCAUGACAAAGGGGUGCUGUGUCCAGCUCAUAGCCAUUACCUGGGUAGCAGGGUUUCUGAAUUCUCUUCUGCACACAGUAUCCACAUUUCGCCUGUCUUUCUGUAAAUCUAAUCGAGUUAACCAGUAUUAUUGUGACAUUCCUCCGGUGGUCGCCCUCUCCUGCUCUUCUACAUAUGUGGCAGAAAUGCUUGUUUUAGUGGUAGGAGGUGUUUUGGGAAUCAGUGCUUUCUUGAUCACUGGUGUCUCUUAUAUCUAUAUCAUAGCCACCAUCCUGAAGAUCCGGUCAGCCGAAGGGAAACGGAAAGCCUUCUCCACGUGUGCUUCCCACCUCCUUGUGGUUUUUCUGUUCUAUGGAACAACGAUAUUUACAUACAUUCGUCCUUUUUCUAGCCACCACUCCCCAGCCAGAGACAGACUCAUCUCUAUGCUGUAUGGGGUUAUUACUCCAAUGUUAAACCCCAUCAUCUAUAGUCUGAGAAAUACAGAAGUAAAAGGAGCACUGAGAAAGGUUUUAUGCUUUAAGACAUGUUUAUAG